AUGAGCCCGAACGCUUCGAGCAACGGCGAGUGGCAGUGCGAAAAUAUCAUCCCGGAUAUCGAAGUUUGGGGCGGGGCAAAUAUGAAGAUGGAUGUGAUAAUCUACAAUUAUAUACUCCAACGGGUACCCCAUUUCUAUAUUUACGUAAUUGCUCUACCUUGCUUGAUAUUGACCACCCUAUCGAUAAUUGGGAUGUUCUGGCGGCCGAACCAGAAGGAGGAGCAGAUCGCAAAGCUUGGAAUCGGGUUGACAAGCCUCGUCUCCAUGACGGUGUUGCUGCAGAUGGUGGCCGACGCGAUUCCGAGAACUCAGGAUUUUCCGCUUUUAGGGAUCUACGUGGUUGUCUGUAUCGCGAUAAUCGGCGUCGCGUGCGUACUUGUCCUUGCAUAUCCAGAAGAGCGAAGUCGCCUCAAAAACAAGGACACUGAGAAUUUUUGCUUGAAG